AUGAGUGUUAUACAAGAUGCCAUUGGUGAAAAGUUGGGUCACUUUACCUCUAGCUGCGCAACUUUCUUAGCUGGAAUUGUUAUCGCCGCUAUAGCCUGUUGGGAAGUAGCAGUUCCAUGUUUAGUGGUUGUCCCUCUUAUUCUCAUAAUUGGAGAAAGUUACACUAACAAAAUGAACAAAAUAUCAACUACCAAAUUGUUUUAUCAUUCUGAAGCCACGUCUAUGAUAGAACAGACCAUAUCACAAAUAAAAACAAUAUAUGCUUUUGUUGGAGAGGGUUUAGCAGUCAAAUCCUUCAGAGAACAUGGAGAAACAAUAUGUCAUAAGCAAGGGGGAGGCACUUGUUAA